GUGGACGAAGAUGUGUGAAAAUUUUUUUAUCGUUUAGACGUGUAGGUUUCGUAAAUCUUGUUAAUUGAUUAAUGAAAAACGCUUCUCGCGAUCACGUUUGUAUAUAUUUACACCUCCGAUGAGAUUUUAUCGCAGUGUCAACACGUGAGAGCGUUGAUUCAUCCUCAAUUCGUCAAUUUUCUAUUGUACGGGUGAACUUUGGUCUUUAACCUAUGAGUUUGGUUUUCCUCAGUAAUAUUUACCUAAUUGUGAGUUUCCAAUUAGUCGAUUUUCAUGGAAUAGUGUAUGUCAUUUUGUGAUUUACUUAUAUAAGUGCAUCGAAAUUGAAGUUUGAUUCAGUGUGUCGAUGGUUGACGUGAAUGUGUAUACUUACCUAGUCUACUCGUAGUGUCUUUUAAUUUUUUUUUUUUAGUUCUUUUUUUUUAAAAAUUAUUGUUAAAAUGAAGAGUUGUGUAACGUUGGUGAUUUUCUGUGCAAUAAUUGGAGUCAAUUAUUGUAUCGAUAUUCCGAAUCCUUUCUCGAAGAAAAAUAAAACUGAAACGAAACCUACUUCGACUUCUACCGGAUCAGCGUCCACAACGCCAGGAACUAUUCAACAAAUCAAAGAUUGCUUUGAAGAUUAUACAGAAUUAGGAUGUUUUUCAAAUAUUGCUCCUUGGCAUUCGCUUCUAAGACCAUUUCCUCUGCCCAUGAGUCCGAAGGAUAUAGAUGUUAAGAUUUACUUGUAUACGAGUAAAUUGCCGGAUAAACGAUACACCGUCCAGUUAUGGAAAGAUAUUUCAAUCGAAGGAUCUGAUUUCGAUCCACAACGUCCUUACACAGCAUUUAUUACUCAUGGAUUUUCAAGCAAUGGAAACGUAUCCUGGGUCACUGACCUGAAAGAUGCUUAUCUCAAACACAGAGACGCCAAUGUUUUUAUUGUAGACUGGGGAAAAGGAGCCAGUGUUUGGAAUUAUUUACAAGUUGCUGCGAAUACUCGAGUUGUCGGUGCUGAAUUGAAAAGAUUUGGUAAAUACCUAGUCGAUAAUUGGCAGUUGGAUCCGGUGCAUAUUCAUUUCAUGGGGCAUAGCUUGGGUGCUCAUAUUUCAGCCUAUGCAGCCAAAGGUAUACCAGGCGUUGGACAGUUGACAGCUUUCGACCCUGCUCAACCUGGAUUCGAAGGAAGCCCAGCCGAUGUCCGACUCACCAAAAAUGAUGCCACCUUUGUCGACGUCAUUCACACCAAUAUCAGACCCGUGAUUCCUUUAUUAGGAUUUGGAUUAAUUUUCCCAGCUGGACAUGUUGAUUAUUACAUGAACGGUGGAGCUUUACAGCCCGGAUGUGUAGCACCUCCUCUACACGAAGUCAAUCUUACAAGUAUCGCAGAUCUUGGCAAAAUAUCCGUCGAUGUAAUAUCCAAAUGGGUGGCGUGCUCGCAUGGUAAAUCAUAUCUGUACUAUACUGAAGCUUUGCUCAAUGAUUAUUGUACAUUCUGGGGACGUUCCACCGGUUACUUUGGCACUGCUGUGGAUGUUGCUACCUUUGGUAAACUUGGUCUCACUUUGGAAAAAUUCGAUAAAUGUACGUUGGAUAAAUGCAGUCCGAUAGGUUUGGAGUCGGAAGAAUAUCCGGCCAGAGGAGCAUUCAGUGUCAGUACCAGUCCAGAUAGUCCGUAUUGUCAAAAUGAUCCCAGAAUUACUAAACAAAUGAAAGAAUUAAGGCAACAAAAAUCACAACAACAGGCCAAUGGUGAAACCAAAACCAAUUCGAAAGGAACUCUUGGAACUCUGAAAGAUAUUUUAAAGUCGCCGUUCUAACACUCGAACUAUCGAAAACGAAUUGAAAUUGGAAAAAAAGGCCAAAAUGUGCAGCGUUAAUAACACCCUUUGGUUCGAAACUUACCUUUAUUUUAUAGAGAGAAAUGACAAAAUGCAUUUAUGAAUAUUUUAUUUAUUAGUAAUUUCUAAGUGUUGUUGAAUAAAUUCAUUCAAAUGUU